AUGUUUAAAAUUUAUGUCUACUAUUCAAAAUGAAAAAAUAUUUUUGAUCGUCUCUGGAUUAGUAACGAAAGAGUUCGUUCCUUCUCUUCAAAAACAGUCUAAACUUUUAUCUCCAUUCAUUUUAAACGAAAAUCAACAGAUCGGUGGUGACAGUGCUGAUCUGUUGACUCAUAUAUUUGGCAGUGAAACGCGUAAAGUCUAUACCGAUGUAAAAGCUAUUUGUCAACAAAUUCAAAAAGACACGUCGCAAAGAAUAAAUGGUAUGUUUAAUUUUAACGUAUCGAGUGCUCCAAAACUGAAAUCAACAGCACAAGAUAGCGAAGAUCAUCGACAGGAACCUUCAUUUAUGUAUUCACAAAUUUUAAAAGAUGUUCUAGUAAAAAUGGAAUCAACAGAACAAAGUAAAAAGGACAUGAUUGACUUGUGUCGUUCACUGUAUGCUAAUGAUAAAGACUCUCUGAACGUUAUUGAAGAAUUUGAACGAGACUACAGACCUGAGAAAGCUAUAUGGUGGUUUACACGUGAUAUAUUUCUCUAUCGUAUUAUAAACAAAGCACUGAGAUUACAAGAUAUUGAUCAACUUUACCGUAUGCGAUACUUUAUUACUCAUUUGCAUGCACAACUAGUUGAACGACACAGGAAGCAGCUUCAGGAAGGCUCAUUUUGUGGCAAUAUAUUAACUGUUUAUCGUGGAAUAGUCGUGACAGAAUUUGAGUUUGCACCAUUGAAAAAUGCAGUUCCUGGUCAAUACAUGUCUAUUCCAACUUUUCUAGCAACAAGCGAUCUAAGUUCCAAGGCAUCCUCUUUUGCAGUUACUUCUGGAGGAAACUCCGGUAUGCUUGGUAUUUUAUUUAAAAUUGAAGUAGAUGUUAAGCGAUGUCAAACGGAAUUUGCUGAUAUUACGCGAGAUAGUUCCGAGCCCGAUGAGUGCGAAGUUCUUUUUUCAAUGGGUUCGAUCUUUAAAAUUGUAUCUGUCAAUCAGGAUAAACAGAAUUUGUGGAAUAUUCAUGUAAAGUGCACUGGAGAGGAAGAUUUAGACUUGAAAGGCUUAAAAGACAGUCUACAGAAAGAUAUAAUACAGGUAAAUCCAUUAUUUUCGUUUGCGAGACUAACGGAAAAGAUGGGAAAGUAUAGUGAAGCGGUAAAAUAUUAUACGAUGACAUCGAACGAUCCAGUAGUUCGCAGUAAUUAUGAAGAUCUUUCUGCUGUGUAUAAUAAUAUGGCAGGAUGCUUUUACAAUAUGGGAGAUAUGCAAAGUACACUUGAGCAUGCGAACAGCAGUAUUAAUCUUCUCUUAACCAAAUAUCCAGAUCACCCUGAUUUAGUAUCAUCUUACCUACAUUUAGGCCUCGUACACUAUAAAAAGCUAGAAUAUCUAAAAGCACUAUCAAUUUUUAAGGAAGCCGUACGCAUUCAAUUAAAAUAUCCAAAAACCUAUCCAGCUCGUCUCGCUUCCUGCUACAAUAAUAUCGGUUUAAUCUAUGAUGAACAGAAACAUUACAAAGAUGCAUUAGGUAUGUAUCAAGAAUGUCUUGCAAUUCGAACGGUAGUACAACCAGAAAAUCAUCCCGACGUCGCUGGAUUAUAUAACAAUAUUGCACAAGUUUAUCAAUCACAACUUGAUCAUCAGAAAGCAUUAGAUUAUUUUAGGAAAGCACAUGAAAUUAAACUUCAGACACUUUCACCUAAUCAUAUUGAUCUAGCACUUAGCUACCAAAAUUUAGCAAUGUCGUUACGGUUUAACGGUCAAUAUCCUGAAUUUUGCAAAGAGAUGAAGAACGCAUAUCAUAUAUUUUCAAAAAACACUUCGAUCCUCGCUCUAUCUGAAACUCAGAAAAUGCGUGCAUUUCUUAUGAAGGCAGAACGCGAUCCCCGUUUUCAGUCAGAAAAUUAG